AUGAAUUCAGAUUCAGUUGAUGCUAAUGAAAUUGGACAUACAGAAAUUAAUUUUACUGCAACAGCUCCAUGUCUUACUGGAUAUACUCGAACACCGUCUGGUUCAUGUGUCAAUCUUCUCAUUGACUUCAAUAACUGUGGUUCAAUUGGUCAUGUAUGUGCUUCAACAUAUACAAGUUGUUCAAAUGGUGCUUGUAGUGGUGCACCAGCUGUGCAACUUACAGGUGCUGUCGCUAUCGCUGGUUGGAGUGGUACAGUUAGCGUUGAUGAUGCAUAUAUGACUCUCAGUCUACCCUUCAGCAUAUCGCUGUAUGGUUAUACUACAUCGAGUGCAUCUGUUCAAAGUAAUGGAGUAAGUAACCUUAUGAUAGAUCUUUUCAAAAUAUUUACAUGUAUAGGUAUACAAUA